AUGACGAUCUCCUGUAAAAAAUGGCAAGAGGAAGAACGGACAGGUUUAGCGCAAAACUUUUUCGUUUUGCAUGAUUUGGAAGAAUUGCUUGAACAAAUGAUUGAUACUUAUGUAAACAGUUGGUAUAAAUCAGAAAUUAGUAGCGAUAAUACUUUGGUCAACGAAGUCCGGUUAGUUUAA